CGGUCUUCCGCACACCACUGUGUGUACUGUGUAAUUUCAUCCAGCCUGCAUUCUUAUAGUUCGUAUGAGAGAGACUCCUACCUUGCCUUCCUUCCUUACGUAGCUGAUGGAUGUAAUCUGGGGUAUUGUUGGCCGAUUUUUUCAUUUCUGUAAGUUGUUGCACACAGGGAGAUCUUACGACGCCCUCUCUCUUGAAAUGUUAUGCGGAUAUAGUUUAUUUAGAAACAUGAAAGGACGCAGCGGCGACGCAAAAUCUCUUGAUGACAACUGAAUUUAUGUUAAUGCGUUUCGGACUACUUACUUUCUUCUUGGUGGAGCAAAAACUUUUCAAUGGAGAACACUCAAUUUUCUCAACGGAAAGGAAUACGGCACCGGGCCAUCCCAUAAUGCUAUUGCUUUUACUAGUGGUCUGCCUGGGAUUGCUGGAUUCCGGUAAAUCGAAGUCUCUGUGCCUGGCUUCAGAGAAGGCACCCUUGCUAUCCUGUAACAGGGGAGAAACAUGCGAGCCGAGACAUCGAAGGGAUGCUGGAGGACGUGGCGGCGUGUAUGAGCACCUCGGCGGAGCACCGAGACGCAGAAAGCUUUACUGUGCCACGAAGUAUCAUUUGCAAAUUCAUCCCAACGGCCUAAUAGAUGGUACACUUGAGGAAAAUAAUCCUUUUAGCAUUCUGGAGAUCACAGCUGUUGAUGUCGGAGUGGUUGCAAUUAAAGGUCUGUUUGCAGCAAGAUAUUUGGCCAUGAACAACAGGGGACGACUCUAUGCUUCUGAUUCCUUCAACAAGGAGUGCGAGUUCAUUGAAAGGAUGCACGAGCUGGGCUACAACACCUACGCCUCUCGGCACUACCACACCGCACCUCCACUGACCUCCAACAGCAGCAUGGCCAGCAGCGGUCACAGCAGCAAGCAUCGACCCACCCCCGAGAGGCUGUGGUACGUCUCCAUCAACGGCAAGGGCCGGCCCCGGAGGGGCUGCCGUACGCGGCGCACCGAGAGGGCCUCCCUCUUCCUGCCCCGCGUGCUGGCCCACAAGGACCAUGACAUGGUGCACCUGUUUCACAUCAACCGGCAGUACCGGGAAAGCCUCCUGAGAGACUUGGCCCGAGAUGAGUGAAGGGGGCACAUGGGCAGAGCCAGGUGGAGCAGGUGAAUCACACCGACUCACGGCAGCCACCAGAGCACCACUGGAACCCAUCCACCUCAUCGCUAAAAGGUUCAGCGUUUGGAAGUGAUGUCUGUACAGACUCUGUGUUUGGUGCAGUUUGGUGGGAUUUGUCUUGAGAAACGGUGUAGUUGUUGUGGAUAACUUAUUGAUGGUGUUCUCUGACAUGAAAACUGAGAUAGUAUGACAUAUACAUGUAUACACAUGUACACACUUAACAAUGUAGCGAAUCAACAAAAAUAUGUUUGUCUUUGGCGUGUAUGUGGUUUUAGUAAA